CAGGCGAGCCAGUUUAAUACGCAGCUCUCCGCCAUUCAGACUGUCGACUGAGCUGGCAGGGCUAGGAGCGAGCAGCCGGAGAUUGGACUCUGCAAUCCUCACCACAGUUUUCCAGCUUCAAGCGAGCCACUCGACACCUCAGCAUCAACAUGCGUGAGAUUGUGCACCUGCAGGCCGGACAGUGCGGGAACCAGAUUGGAGCGAAGUUCUGGGAGGUGAUCAGUGACGAACACGGCAUUGACCCAACAGGAACUUACCACGGAGACAGUGACCUGCAGCUGGACAGAAUUAGUGUCUACUAUAAUGAGGCCUCAGGUGGGAAAUAUGUGCCAAGGGCCAUCCUCGUGGAUCUGGAGCCUGGCACUAUGGACUCUGUCCGCUCCGGCCCCUUCGGACAGAUCUUCAGACCUGACAACUUUGUCUUCGGCCAGAGUGGAGCAGGAAAUAACUGGGCCAAGGGCCACUACACUGAAGGAGCUGAGCUGGUAGACUCAGUCCUGGAUGUGGUGAGGAAGGAGGCUGAGAGCUGCGACUGCCUGCAGGGCUUCCAGCUCACACACUCUCUGGGUGGUGGUACCGGCUCCGGUAUGGGCACCCUGCUCAUCAGCAAGAUCCGCGAAGAGUACCCCGACCGCAUCAUGAACACUUUCAGCGUUGUGCCCUCUCCCAAGGUGUCAGACACAGUGGUGGAGCCCUACAACGCCACCCUGUCCGUCCACCAGCUGGUCGAGAACACAGAUGAGACCUACUGCAUCGACAACGAGGCCCUCUACGACAUCUGUUUCCGCACCCUCAAACUCACCACGCCCACCUACGGAGAUCUCAAUCACCUGGUGUCCGCCACCAUGAGCGGGGUGACCACUUGCCUGCGCUUCCCCGGCCAGCUCAACGCCGACCUCCGCAAACUGGCCGUCAACAUGGUGCCCUUCCCCCGCCUGCACUUCUUCAUGCCCGGCUUCGCCCCCCUCACCAGCAGGGGCAGCCAGCAGUACAGAGCCCUGUCUGUGCCCGAGCUCACCCAGCAGAUGUUUGAUGCCAAGAACAUGAUGGCCGCCUGCGACCCACGUCACGGCCGCUACCUGACGGUGGCUGCCGUGUUCCGUGGCCGCAUGUCCAUGAAGGAGGUGGACGAGCAGAUGCUGAACGUGCAGAACAAGAACAGCAGCUACUUCGUGGAGUGGAUCCCCAACAACGUCAAGACGGCCGUCUGCGACAUCCCACCACGCGGCCUCAAAAUGGCUGCCACCUUCAUCGGCAACAGCACAGCCAUCCAGGAGCUGUUCAAGCGCAUCUCCGAGCAGUUCACCGCCAUGUUCCGCCGCAAAGCCUUCCUCCACUGGUACACCGGCGAGGGCAUGGACGAGAUGGAGUUCACCGAGGCGGAGAGCAACAUGAACGACCUGGUGUCUGAGUACCAGCAGUACCAGGAUGCCACCGCGGAGGAGGGAGAGUUUGAGGAGGAGGGAGAAGAGGAGGUGGCUUAAGGCUAUCGCUUUUUCUCAUUUCUCCUCUUCAUCCACUUCUCUGCACUCUAGUCAUAAUUCCAUCCAAUCAUCCAUCCACUUACUUCAGCCCUGCUCUGCUCUAUUUCUCUGACUUUCCUCUUAUUCUUAAUUUUCAGGUUUCUCUCUUUUAUCACCUUUGAUGCUUCCUCCAAACCCUUCUCUCUCUUUUCUCUCUCUCUCUCUCUCUCUCGCUCCCCCCUCUCUGUUUCUCUCUCUUUCUCUCUACUGUUCAUAGAUCCCUUUUCUUUCUCUAACCAGAGUAGGGCUCCAAACAUUAAAUUCACUCUCUCAUCUCAGCACUCAUAUAGAGGUAGCUUAAAACACAGGUGUGCUUGUGGUCUUUGGUCAGUAGCUUUUUGUUAAUGUUUAUUUAUCUUAUUCCAUUUCAAAAAUUCCCAUACUUGGUCACUUAUUCUAAAAAGCCGUUGCUUUCAAUUAACUUCAAGAAUUUGAUCACAUGUCUAAUUUGGCACAGAUUGAAAUAAAGUUGUGGGGAAAAAAUCA